AUGAAUAUCACCAAAGUCACAUCUGCUGAAACUGAUCAAAACCCUUCUUUCGAAGAAAAUAACUCUAAUAUUCCAACUAACAGUAACCAGAUACAAGGGGAUGAUUUGGCCUUUUACUCGCCUGACGACGAUUAUAGUGCCUCUGAAGAGUCUAAAGCUAUAACAAUUAAACUUAGCAUCCGUACU